ACAGGGGAGAGAGAGAGAGAGAGAAAGAAAGAGAGAGAAUGUGAAGAAGAUCUAGGGUUUCUACACCCUUCCUACAGAAAUGUCGAAUCCAAGGAGAGAAAUUACGAGGAGCGAAUUCCAGCUGCUUCUGCUAUUUCUCUUCUUCCUAUUUCCUUCCAAUGCAUCUUCUCUUCCUUGCGACGACAAGCGCUGCAAAACAGAUUCCUGCGAUGAUACCGGCGCCUGCAUCUGCAGUCUUCCUGAUCCGUCCACCAUCUUCGACGGGGAACGCCCAUUCCUUGGGGGGAAGUUCUGUGAUGAGGAACAGAUCAUGUGCGACGGAACAAAUUCAUUCUGGUGUGAGCAUGGGUCAAGAUGUAACGAGAUUGUCCAUGGGGAGAACUACACAUGUAAUUGCUUACCUGGGUACACAGGGGAGCAUUGUCAGUACAUUGGCGCUCCCUGUGGUAAGAUUUUUUGCUUCCAUCAGGCGGAGUGCCUUGUUGAAGGGGAUGUCUGUGAAUGCCCCCCAGAUUGGAAAGGAAGCGUGGACUGCUCGCUACCAACCAGAGCUGAUACUACAACAACUAAUUCAACUUCCGGCGGGUUGCCACAGGUAGAAACUAGAAAAAAUAACCAGUGGCUUGUAGUAUUCUUCGCCAUUUCAUGCUCUUUGGGAGCAGGUGUUGGUGCUAUUUUUCUCGUGAAGAAGUAUUACAAGCAAACAGAACCGACGGUCCCGAAGUUCCAGCAGCUGUCUGAAAUGCAAAUGCAUAGGUGCUUGGAUGAUGACGAGGAUGAUUUACUUGUUCCUGAGACCAUUCAAAUUGAUAAUUCGCACCUUUAGCUUGUACCGUUCACCCUACAGGAAUCCAUGGAUUGCUCUUGAAAGUGA